AUGAACGAAGCAAGACAGAAAAAGCUUUCCGAAUAUGGCUAGAAUAACAUAUUUGGGCAGUCUAAAUAGAAUAAGAAUAAUACACAAAGAGCUUACAACAAUCAAAAUAACUGGGAGAAUAGAUCAAUGAUGAGCAUGAACUCAAGUAGAUAUAAUGACUUUUCAGAUACUACAUCAGUAUAUUCAUUAGCUACAUCAGUGACAUCAUUUGGCUAAAUGAGUCAAAGCACAAGUAUGUCCAAGAGAGACCCUAACAUGACUUAAGAGGAAAGAUUAAAACGCGAUUUUGAUAGAUAUUAGAGACAUUUAGCAAGGAAGUACCAAAGACAGGUUGAGAAAUAAAGGCAGAAGUUAUUUGGACAGAGUGAAAUAGCCAUGGGGUAAAAGGGUGGGACUCAAAUCAAAAAUAUAAAUUUGCAUAACAGGGACUCUGCAUAGAAAUAAGUGAGGAGCUCAGAGGUUAAACUUAGCACCGAUAACUUGAAUAAACUGUCUACUACACAGAAUAUUCAGAAUAUGUAGUUGAGAUAGACUAAUGGAAGAAAUCAAUUCAGCAAGACAUAAAACUUAGUCAUUCCAAAAGUCUAGGGAAAUUUAAGUGUACACAGCGGUUUUUCUUAGAGAAGUAAUUCGGGACAUCUUAGUUCUGCUGAUAGGAAGAUGAACAACCUUACCUCUAAUUUAUUCAAGGAAAAUUAAGAUAAAAGUAAUCGAGCUAGCGAUGUCAAACUAGAAAAAGCCUAACUAGCUACUAUAGCUAAUUGGAAAAACGCUUUAAACAACAAAAAGACUUACACAGCACCAAAGGUGGUUAAAAUAGAUCCAUUCAAAGAGAGAUAGAAGAUGCUCUCAUCAAAUGUCUUUGAAGGAUCUCGAGAUUAUUCUCAUCAUUAGCCCUCAUCUAGAAAAUUCAUUGACUAUGACAACCUCUAUGAUUAGAAAAGAAUGAAUGAUCCCAUGUAUUCAGACCUCUUUGAUUAAUGUAUGAAUACAGGUGGACGCAAGCCUUCUCCCAUUCGCAAGAAGUUUGAUGAAAUAGGUUUCACUCAGUAGGAUUGGACUCAUCAAGACUUGCAAUAAAAGAUGAAGCGAGAUUACUCGGACUAUAAACCCAGAGAUCAAAUGCUUAAAGAGUUUAAGGGUACAAUAAACCCUCUUAAAGUUGUCAAAAUAGAUCUAAAUUGA